AUGUCAAAUCGAAUUAGAACUUUUGAAUCCGGUCAUUCAAAAAGGCAAAGAAAAUGUAAACAAGAAGCUUUAAUUGAAUCACAAAAGGGAGCACUUCUAAAAUUUUGUACACCUACAACAAGUCAACCUACAAACGAUGAACCUACAAAUGAAAGUGAUACACCUACAACUAAUGAACCUACAAAUGAAAGUGAUACACCUACAACUAAUGAACCUACAAAUGAUACACCUUCAACUAAUGAACCUACAAACGAUACACCUACAAAUGAUGAAUUUACAACCGAUGAAAUACCUAUGAAUUUUGUUGAUCCAAGUCAAUGGAAUAAUAUUAGUAUUGAUCUAAGAGAUAUGCUCGUAGAAAAAGGUCCGAUUAAAAUUCAUGAUUACGAUUUUCCACAAGAUGAACACUCUAGAAGCUUUAAUACAUCUCACUAUAUGCGAACAUUACCAAAUGGAAAAACGUUAGAAAGAAAAUGGUUGAUUUAUUCUAUAGAUUUAGAUAGAGCAUUUUGUUUUUGUUGUAAACUGUUUAACGUGAAUCAAUGUACAAGCAGCUUAGCUAAAGAAGGUAAUAAUGAAUGGGAAAAUAUUAGUAGUAAAUUAAAGGAACAUGAAAGAAGUAAAGUACAUAUUAACAAUAUGAGAACAUGGAUGGAAUUAGAGAUAAGAUUGGCGAAAAAUAAGACAGUUGAUAAACAAGCUCAAGAUCAAAUAAACAACAACAACAACAACCAUACCCAGUAUAAUCCCACCUAUAGCAGAGCUAUUGAUAGGGUCUGGGGAGGGUAG